CCUGGCACCCAGAAGGCCCGAGCUGGGGCAGACGGCUCCGGGUUUGCAGUGGGAACGCGCUGCACAGCGUCAGCGGCCGGGGCGCCCCGGGCGGGCAUCCGGCGGGACGGGCGAGGGGCGUGGGCGCGGCGCAGGGCGCGCCCGGGACCGCUCUGCAGAGCGCAGCGCGAGCUUCCCGGCGGCCGCGGGGAGCGCAGGGGCAGGCUCGGGCAGCUCCCGGGCUCCUCCAGCGGUGGUAAAACUUAGGAAAUAACUAGGAGGGGCUGCUCGGCGUCUCCGGAGUCCAAUCCGGUUUCAAGAAAGAACACGCUCCUGGGCAGACGAGCCCGACAGAGGCCAAAGCGACUUCGGGGCGAGCAGCGGCGAGAGGAGAAGCGCACAGAAGACCGGAGCCCAGAGGAGACGUGCACCUCUGAGCCCGCGCCCCGCGCCCCGCGCCCCGCGCCCCGAUGGCCGACGCCGCGCCCCCCAGCCCGCAGCUCGGAGCCCGCUGCGCGCGGCUGCUGCUGAGCCUCCUGGUCUUCAGUUUGGCUGGUGAAGCCUGUGAAAAUGUGAUCUUAAAUGUACCUUCUAAACUAGAGGCAGACAAACUAAUUGGCAGAGUGAAUUGGAAAGAGUGCUUCAGGUCUGCAAACCUCAUCCGGUCGCGUGACCCUGACUUCAGAGUUCUACACGACGGGUCCGUGUACACAGCCAGGGCUGUGGAGCUGCCUAGUGAGAAAAGAGCGUUCACCAUAUGGCUUUCAGAUACACAAACAGAGACGCAGAAAGAGCUAACUGUGGUCCUGGAACACCGGAAGAAGAUAUUGAAGAAAAGACACACUAACGAAACUGUUCUCAGGAGAUCCAAGAGGAGAUGGGCACCUAUUCCUUGUUCAAUGCAAGAGAAUUCCUUGGGCCCCUUCCCUCUGUUUCUUCAGCAAGUUCAGUCUGAUGCAGCCCAGAACUAUACCGUCUUCUACUCAAUAAGUGGACGUGGUGUUGACCAAGAACCUUUAAAUUUGUUUUUCAUAGACAGAGACACUGGAAAUCUGUUUUGUACCCGGCCAGUGGAUCGUGAGGAAUAUGAUGUUUUUGAUUUGAUUGCCUAUGCGUCUACUGCUGAUGGGUAUUCAGCAGAUUUACCUCUUCCACUGCCCAUCAAAGUAGAGGAUGAAAAUGACAACCAUCCUAUUUUCACAGAAGCAAUUUAUAAUUUUGAAGUUCCAGAAAGUAGUAGACUUGGAACUACAGUGGGAGUGGUUUGUGCCACAGACAGAGAUGAACCAGACACGAUGCACACACGCUUGAAGUACAGCAUUGUGGAGCAGACACCAAAGGCACCUGGGCUUUUCUCUGUGCAUCCCAACACGGGUGUAAUCACAACGGUCUCUCAUUACCUGGACAGAGAGGUUGUAGAUAAAUAUACAUUGAUAAUGAAAGUCCAAGACAUGGAUGGUCAAUUUUUUGGCUUGAUGGGGACAUCAACUUGUAUUAUAACAGUAAAAGAUUCAAAUGACAAUGCACCCACAUUUAGACAAAAUUCUUAUGAAACGUCAGUGGAGGAAAAUGCAUAUAAUGUGCAAAUCUUACGAAUUCCUAUAGAAGAUAAGGAUUUAAUCAACACUGCCAAUUGGAGGGCCAAUUUUACCAUCUUAAAGGGAAAUGAAAAUGGAUACUUCGAAAUUAUUACAGACCACGUAACUAAUGAAGGUAUUCUGCGUGUUGUGAAGCCACUGAAUUAUGAAGAAAAUCGCCAGGUGGUCUUAGAAAUUGGAGUAAGCAACGAAGCGCCAUUUGUUAGAGAUGUAAGCAGAGUGACAUCCAUGAACCGCGCCUUGGUUACAGUUCAAGUGAGAGAUCAGGAUGAGGGUCCUGAGUGCAACCCUGAGGCUCAGUAUGUGCGGAUUAAGGAAAACUCAGCAGUGGGGUCCAAGUUCAAUGGGUAUAAGGCGUAUGACCCCGAAAAUAAAAACAGCAAUGACCUAAGAUACAAAAAAUUGCAUGAUCCUAAAGAGUGGAUCAAAAUCGAUGAAACUUCGGGAUCAAUCAUGCUUUCCAAAAUUCUGGACAGAGAAGCUGCAGCUCCCCAAUAUGACUUAUAUAAUAUCACAGUUCUGGCAAUAGACAAAGAUGGUAGAUCAUGCACUGGAACACUUGCAGUGAACAUUGAAGAUGUGAAUGACAACGCACCAGAAAUACUUCAAGAUAGCAUUGUCAUUUGCAAACAGAAGAUGGCGUACACUGACAUUUCAGCUGUUGACCGUGACGGACCUGUCUACGGAGCGCCCUUUCAUUUCAGCUUGGCAAACCCGUCCCCAGAAGUCAAUAAAAUAUGGACCCUCAGCAAAGUUAACGAUACAGCUGCCCGUCUGUCAUAUCAGAAAAAUGCCCAACUUCAAGAAUACACAGUUCCUGUUGCUGUGAAAGACAGAGGAGGCCAGUCUGCCACCAAAGUGUUGAGAGUCAACCUGUGUGACUGCAGUCACCCGAGUCAAUGUGUCUCAAUGGCACGGAGCGCAGGCGUGGUGCUGGGCAAGUGGGCCAUCCUCGCCAUAUUACUAGGCAUAGCCCUGCUGCUUUCUGUACUGCUAACUUUAGUCUGCGGAGUUGUUAGUGCUAGAAAAGGAAAACAAUUUCCUGAAGAUUUAGCACAGCAAAAUUUAAUUAUAUCAAACACAGAAGCACCUGGAGAUGACAGAGUGUGUUCUGCCAAUGGAUUCACAACCCAGACUGCCAACAACUGUAACCAACGGUUUUGUGGCACAGUGGGAUCGGGAGUCAGAAAUGGAGGGCAGGAGACCAUAGAAAUGAUGAAAGGAGGACAGCAGACCUUGGACUCCUGCCACAGUGCCGGGCACCACCACACCCUGGAUUCCUGCAGGGGAGGACACGUGGAGACCGAGAACUGCCGCUACACCUACUCCGAGUGGCACAAUUUCACCCAGCCGCGGCUCGGCGAAAAGUUGCACGUUUGUAACCAGCACGAGGAACACAUGCCCCUGCAGGACUACGUCCUUCCCUACAGCUACGAAGGCAGGGGCUCUCCAGCCGGCUCUGUGGGCUGCUGCAGUGAAAAGCAAGAAGAAGACGGACUUGACUUUUUAAAUAAUUUGGAGCCCAAAUUUCUUACCUUAGCGGAAGCAUGCACCAAGAGAUAAUGCCACAGCUGUUAUAAUGAGACAGGUCCUUUACCUGUCGUUCUAGAGGUUUCUAAAAAUGAUAUUGUGAAAUUCAGUUACAACUUGUAUACAGAUGGCCUCUGACUUAACCCUUAGUGGACUUACAAUUUUUCGUUUUUACCAAUGGUUGAAAUUGAUGCAUGUUCAGGAGAAAAUACGUUGAGUUUUGAAUCUGGGUCUUUUCUUGAACUAGUGAUGUGCUGUAUAAUAUUAUCUUGCAAAGCUGUUGGAACCACAGCUCCCACUCAGCCACAGGAAUGGGAGGGGAAAUAAUUUAUACCAUAAGGUGUACUGUGUGGCUAAGCUAUGGUGCUCAGUAGGUUGAUUUUAUUAAAUGUUUUCAAGUAACCAGUAUUUUAAGUUUAUGAUUGCUUUAAUGAGACAUACCCCAUCAUAAGUAGAGGAACAUCUGUGUAUAGAGAAUAUUUGUCUAAAUUUAUAAUUAUGCCACUUACGAAUUUGUGUUUUUAAAAUUUUUUGCUUAUCUUUUACAGUAAGUCAAAAUGUUAAAAUAUACAACUAGCAAAUUGCAUCCCACAGGACUGGAAUUAGGGGCCAGAAAGGAUCUGCUCUUCUUUACAGAUAUUUUCCUAAUAUGUUGAGUAAAUACUAGUCUGAAAAUAGCUUAGCUAUGCUAAUAUCUCUUUAUGAUAUAUUCACAACAUGUGCCAGUUGUAACACAGAUAAGAAAGUACCAUUAUUCAAAGACAGUUUUAGGAAAGAGAUAAAAUUAAGUAAAACAUUUCACAGCUCUGAAAAACUGAUACAAGCCUUACCUGCCAACUCCACUAUCAAAUUCUUCAUUUGACUUUGAAAACAAGGUUUCUAUAGGAACAGGACUGGAAAUAAAUGUGUAUGUAACCUUAUUGUAUAGUUGUAAAAUUACUCUGUUAGUGUAUAAAGUCAUUAAUCAGUGCAGCAUUUGAAAUGAAAACAAAGAGGAAAAUGGCAAUGAUUUAAAAUAAGCCUGGAUGUGGUUUAUCCCAGAGUAGAAAUCCAGAGUUUAGGAAAGACGAAGCUUCUUGUACCUAGUUCUUAUGUACUGAGUCAUAACUCAACUUAUCAGAAAGUAGUUCGUGUCCAUUUGUGUCAUUUGUUUACACUCAGAAACAAAUUACACUCUUGUUGUAAAUGGGAAAGAACUAGAGAACUAGAUGAGUGGAUGUCUUGAUUACUUUUCUCUUGUUGCUGGGACCAAGCACCCGAGGCUCAAAAUUAAGGAAGGAAAGGUUUGUUUAGCUCACAGCUGUGGAACUUUCAGUCCAUAAUCAGCUGGCUCCCAAGCAGGACGGCAUGGCACAGGGGCGGCAGUUCAAGGCAGCAGAAGACAAGCAAAACCAGCAAGAGCAAAAUGGGGAAGCAAGCCUCUUUUCCUCCCUUAUGUGCAGACUGCCUGCCUUUGGGUAAACAUAAGCACUCACACCAUCUCUGUGUCCUCGUCUUGCACAGACCCAGGCUGUUUACAGUGGAAAGACCCUGCUCUCUUGCUAAGUCACUUCGCUAAGCUUCUAAACUUCUCAGUUCUCAAGUUGACCCAAUGUAUCAACCAUUACAGAUUUGCCUUGCUAUUUAGAUAUUUCUGCAUCUACAAAUUAGAAGCAAACUGGGGCAUACAAAUCACACGUAUGAAUCCUUGCUUGCUGAGGGCCAACUUCUAGAGAUGAGGUGUCUUUCUUAGGAGCUAAUACUGAAAACACUUUAAAAAGAAUCUCUUGUAUCUGUUGAAAUUAAAUUCUCUAUUGCCAUUUUCUUUCUCUCCUAUCUGUGAACAUGUUUUUUAUUUAGAACCAAGUAGGCAUUUCUUUUCAGUUAAUAUGGAGGCUCCAUGGGGCAGGGAGGCAAAUUAUAGUGAAACUAUUGGGGGGGGGGUGACUGUCCUUAGAACAAAGUCCGCAGACGGACCCUGCUCACCUUGUGUUGCAAUCAGAAGCUGACAGCUGCAGAACGGCCUUUCUCUCUUCUCAUGCCAUUUUACAGUGGCAUUGCCUGAUUCGAGGAAAGCCAGCCUCCUUGGCCUCUGUCUUCCAUUGUUCUGUCAGCAUUGUCACAAGACCCCCAGCAGCGGUUCACUUAGUUGGCAGCUUAUUCCAGAUGUUCAAAAAUCCUGCAAUGUGAAUUAAUUAUUUUUGUCAAUUUGCCUUGUUAUGAGGAAUUUUAGUUAAGAGAAGAAAUAGGAAUUUAAAAUACAUGAAAGAAAGCCAUCAAGCUGUCAUUUAAAACAUGAGAAGAUGAGCCUGAGAGAUCAAAUUGUCAUUUUAGAAGAGGGCACACUCAGGGCGGGUAUUUGGACAGUCAGGGAGCAACAUGAAGACCCAGGUGUUGAGGGGCAGGGAGGGAAGCCCAUGUGAGUGGUGCUGAGGGCGGUGUUGCCCCUGCUUCCUACUUUCUAGGCCUGGCCCUGCGUUGGCUUUCCUUUCUUAAGCAGUGCAGCUGUCCUUGGAUUUGGAUGAGGUACCAGCCAGCCCCUGCUCUCUGCCUCUCCUAAUUUGGAGUGCGGAAUCAGGAAAAGGGCUGGCUGCUUGAUGAGUCUAACCGGGGUGGACCUCAACUGAAUACAAAGCGUAUUCAGGAAAGCAUCUCUCUUUCUGUAGUACUUUGGGCACUAAGACAGUCUUCCAUUAAAUGUGUAUGUAAAAUUCUGAUUUGAUUCCACAUAUUUUGUUUAUUCAUUUUUCCUGAAAUAUAGAGUUUUUUUUUUUAAGAUUUAUACUCAUUUUCCUGGAAAUUCUUCUAAUUUUAAUAAUUUUAACAUGUGGUAUUGUUCUUUCCUCAUAUGUAUAAGGUAAAAGUUAUAUGAUUUUAGUGUGUAAGAACAGGUCUUUUCAAAGCUUUCAAUUUUUUAUCCUGGUGAAUGAUCUUGGGUUUUAUAUGUAAAUAUACAGUUUUUUUUCUUACAUUUAUAAAGAAGUAGUUAAGUGUUUAAAAUGCGGUAGGGUUUGUUUUGUAAUGUUUUAAUUUUUCCACUAAAAGAAGUUACUUUGCAGGUCAACAUAAGCAAAAACUGUAUGUAAAGUAAUAUACGUAUAGAAUAAAAUAAAAUAAUGUCAA